UCAAAAUCACACGUAGUGGGGUUUUAAAGAAAUGUCAGCGGUAAUUUUUGACGUUAAAACGUGCUCGGUGCGGCGAAAUCGCUUUAGGCGCGCGUUUUUGUGUUCGCGGCUAAGCUAACAGGCUAGCCACAGGAGCUAGGUAGCUGUUAUUGUUUUUUUUUUCACGGCGAGCUAAAAUGGAGGUUGCUUUACUGCCACUCCCGGGUCCUUGAACGUCUCCUCGUACUUGGGGUUAAUCGUCGCUAAAGAUUUGUCUUGGCUCCAAUUGAAACGGGGUGGUACAAUUCUGACCAGUCGCACAGGGGGCAGCCAGCCACGGUCACAUCAUGAUCAGUUGCCAUGAGCAUGAGAGCCUCCCCGGGUCCGCAUUUGGGAUCAAAGCCCAACGCUGACGCCAUAGGCGGGACAUUCACUUUGCUUCCCUUGAGCCUCAGGAGGGAGUCCCGUGACUCGCCCUCGGAUGCUCCAGACAAGUUCCGCUGGGCCGAAAAGAUCCCGAGCAGGUCCGAGCGCUCGGAGCAGACUUACAUGAGCGGCGACGUCUCGGAAGUCGUCGAAGCAGACCGGGCCGCCGCCGCCGUGGGGGUUCUGCCCCCUGUCGGACCAAUGGGGGGUGAGGGAACACCGGUGAAAGGCAAAUCCUUCUCCGUGGACAGCAUGGAAAACCCUCAAAUGGCGCCGAACAACAAUACCCCCAAGGAUGCCGACGGCGUCCUCGGCGCCGCAUCCAUCGAAGUGUCGUCCGAGGGCAAGUGGAAGAAUCUCCGCAAGAGCCCCGCCAACCCGCACACGCAGGCAAACUGUCUACGGCAGAUCCUGCUGUUGCAGCUGGACCUGAUUGAGCAGCAACAGCAGCAGCUCCAGUCAAAGGACAAGGAGAUCGAUGACCUCAAAGCAGACAAGGAGACGCUUCUGGCACGUAUCGAGCGCAUGGAGCGGCGCCUGCAGCUUACCAAAAAGGACCCACCGCGUGACAAACGCCUCUUCCAGCCCCUGGAGCCGUGGACCCCAGACAAGGACGACAUGUGGGACCUGGAAGUGGAGGAGAGCCCGCAGCCCAACCCAGUCGCCAUGAUGCCCUUAAAUCGAGGGAGCAAAGGGCAAAAGAGGAAGUCCUGCUUCGGAGAAUCCAAACUUCAGAAGUCACGUGGCAAAACCUCAAAGUUGAGUCCUCACAAGCCAGAAAGUCGGCCGGCGUCCCCGUCUCAACGAGAACUGCGCAGCAAGGAAGCGCCGGAGAAGAGCGCCCCCACCAGGCCGCCCUUCAAAGAGGAAGCGACGGAACUGAGCUGCCAGAUGGAUGACCUCCCCUUCCUGUCAACCACGGAGAUGUACCUGUGCUGCUGGAACCAACCGCCCGUGUCGCCGCUGCGCGAGUCUUCUCCCAAAAAGAAGAACGAGGACGACGAUGAAGAGGAGGAAGCGGCCAAUGCAGCCAACACGCACUCCAUGAUCAACUUCCCUUUCCCAUCUUCGUGCCGCCUCUCCGUUCCGUCGUGGCGGGAAAAUGCCAUUGAGCCGUUGACUGAAGAUUUAAAUUUUGACGCACAAGAGCCGUUGGAUGACAGCGUCUUCCUCAAGCGACACGCAAAGUUGGAACUGGAUGAGAAGAGGAGGAAGAGGUGGGACAUCCAACGGAUCAGAGAGCAACGCAUGUUUCAGCGCUUGCAGCAACGCAUGAACAGGAAGAAAGUCAUACCAGAGUCUGAGCCUGAGCUGUCGUCGUUCUACCCAGAAACUGAAGACGUGGAAGCGAUCAUGAUCACGCCCUUCUUGCCAGUGGUCGCAUUUGGUCGCCCGUUGCCCAAACUCUCACAAGAGAAUUUUGAGCUGCCCUGGCUGGACGAGCGCAGCCGCUGUCGCAUCGAGGUGCCCAAGAAACACACUCCGCACCGGACGUGUCGCAAGUGAACGUCACUCCCGCUCGGCUCUACGCGGUCCGGUCGCGUGCGCGCGUCUGUUGCUUUCUGCGUGGAAGGAAACUAAAAGCGUCUUCCCGGCCGGCCGCGGAACACACAUAUCACUCGUUGUCGUGCGGUGUGAAACGGUAACUCUGUUCCCAUCUUCAAAUAACUGUUUAACUGCACUCAGCGGACACCAUCAAUAAACUCCUCACGUCGGACAACUUGAAACCUCCCGACUCUGCUUUGGUGAAGAAAUGUCCAAACAUAACUGUAGUGCUGUGUUUGUCGCGCAACCAUCCACGAAUGGAUCAAUGUGCUGUCUUUGCACUCGGUGAAAGCAUGUCGGGGGGCCUUGAUAAAUAGGUUUUAUUUUGCAAAAAGUC